AUGCGGGAGACAGGCGAGAAGGCUCAUCGCUGCCCACUCUGCCACUAUAGCUCAGUGGAGAAGAACGCUCUCAACCGCCACAUGGCCAGCAUGCACGAGGACAUCUCCAACUUCUACUCCGAUGUUUACUCCUGCCCCGUCUGUGAAGAGAAGUUUCGGCUCAGCCAGGCCCUCAAGGAGCACUUGAAGACUCACAAAGCUGAACCCAAGAGGCUGAGCUGCUUCCACGGGGACUGCAACUACUGUGCAGAGGACCGUAAGGAGUUUGUCCGUCACCUCAAGGAUGCUCAUGGCAUCAAGGCGGUGGAGUGCAAGUACCACGCCUGCUCCCUGCUCUUUGGCACAGCUGAGGCCAUGGAGGCUCACCGGAAAACCCACUACGCCUUCCACUGCCAGCAGUGUGACUUCAUCUGCUCCAACAAGCACGUUUUCCGCAAGCACAAGAAGCAGGGCCACCCGGGCAGCGAGCAGCUCCAGUGCAGUUUCUGCCCCUAUGCCACUUUCAACCCUGUGGAGUUUCAUGACCAUGUGGGCAAGAUGCACGCCAACGAGAAGAUCCACAAGUGCACUGAGUGUGCCUUCGCCACAGCGCACAAGCGGGUGCUCAUCCGGCACAUGCUGUUGCACACUGGAGAGAAACCUCACAAGUGUGAGCUCUGCGACUUCACGUGCCGGGAUGUGAGCUACCUGUCCAAGCACAUGCUGACCCAUUCCAAUGACAAGAACUUCAUGUGCACUGAGUGUGGGUACAUCACCAAGUGGAAGCACUACCUGAACGUCCACAUGCGCAAGCACACGGGAGAUCUCCGGUACCAGUGUAACCAGUGCUCGUACCGGUGUCACCGUGCUGACCAGCUGAGCAGCCACAAGCUGCGGCACCAGGGCAAAAGUCUGAUCUGCGAGGUGUGCGGCUUUGCCUGCAAGCGCAAGUACGAGCUGCAGAAGCACAUGCAGGCAAAGCACUCGCAGAACUACCAAGUUCCUGUCUUCCAGUGCCAGUACUGCACCUACCAGACCAAGUACAAGCAGGCUCUGCUGAACCAUGAGAACUGCAAGCACACCAAGCAGAAGGAGUUUCGCUGUGCCCUCUGUUCGUAUUGCACCUUCAGUAACACCAGCCUCUUCUUCCAUAAGCGCAAGAUUCAUGGCUAUGUUCCUGGUGACAAGGACUGGCUGGAAAAUUACGCCAGCAAGGAGCUGGAGAUCAGCUCAUCUGAGGCACUCUUUGGCUGUGAGGUCGGUGCAGCCCUGCACGUGGAUGCCAGUUCCCCCCUCACUGGCAAGGAGCAGUGGAUGAAGGAGAAGCCAUCCCAGGUGGAGUCCCAGGGAGAAGAGGGCUACCAGCAAGUGUUCAUGGUGCCCCUCCUUGAGCAGGAUGCCGCUCCGCCAGAGAGCAGCAGUGAGGCAGAGAGAGGCGAGGGGGAGCAGAGCUGUCCUAUUGCUGGCAAUGCCCUGGAAGAUGACUGCAUGCAAGGAAAUGCUGCCACAGGCUCUACUGAGCUCACUGCUUCUGAAGAUGCAGCAGAGAGCUGCACCUUGCACUUGGAGGCACUGAAUGUCUCAUCUGACCCUCUCCUGGAGAACUUGACUGGAGAAGCCUGUGUGACCCAGCCAGAGAGCGUGGAAAUGCUGUCCUGCAAGGAGCCUCCUGCAGCCUAUGAGAUGCUGGGCUCCCAGGAUGGUCUUGGCUUGGAGGACAGUGGCAAUACACUCGAAGACAUCCCAGACUUUGAGGAAGAGGUAGAUGUACAGGAAGACAAGGUGGUGAAGGGCAGUGUAGCGGCAGGAGACAACCAGCGAAAAGACACCCUAAAGGAGGACAUGGGCCGCCUUGAGGGGUCAUGUUCAGACCACCACAAGGUCGUGGCAGACACUGAGGAGAGCGAGACCAGCCAAGCCAAGCUGCCAGAGGCCUGGCUCAGCAUGCUGAAGACACCUGAACAGGGCCACCUGCCUGUCCCAGAGGAUGCGCCCACCUCCAGUGACAAAACCGGGGGCGGCUCGGAGUCAGUGCUGAAGGCUCUGCGGAAGCAGGACAAAGAGCAGGCAGAGACACUGGUGCUGGAGGGCAGGGUGCAGAUGCUGGUGGUGCAGUCGGAGAGCCAGGUCUUUAAGUGUGACAAGUGCUCAUACAUCACACGGAAGGAGAAAUCCAUGUCCCUGCACUCCAAAGCCAGCUGCCAGAGCCGCCGGGCCCCGCUCGUGUGCCGUGAGUGUGGCACCAGCUUUAAGCAGCAGAGGGGACUCAACACACACCUCCUAAAGAAGUGCCCAGUUCUCCUGAAGAACAACAAGAACCUCAAACCAACCAAUCAGGAGGCACCUGGACUGUGCCAGCCUGCUGACCAGCCUGGUGAUAAUGGUACAGAAACAGCAGAGAGUGAGAAAGGAGGCUCAGAGGAGUUUGGGCAUGCUGAGAGCUCUUGGGAAGCUGACCUGCUACCUGAUAAAACACAAGCAGCAGGCAUUCCUUUGGCUGGGGCACAGACAUCAGGCUGUCAAGCCUCUGAGAAAUCCCUGCUGGGUGACAGCACAGAGGUGGCCAAAGAGCCUCCCCAGCAAGGGGGUGGGACUGAGCCAGGUGGAGCUGCUGGUGCCUCCCAGUCUGGGAAACCCUCAGAGAAAUACCGACUGGAGGGAGGGAAGCUGCACUGCAAUGCCUGCUCCUUUGUGUGCUCCCGUGUCACCACCAUCACCUCCCAUGUGGAGGAUGGCUGCCGGAACCUGGAGCAGUUCUGGUGCUCCCAGUGCCCUGAAACCUUCCGCUCCCGGCGGGCCCUCAAGAGCCAUUGUGCUGAAAAGCACAUUGUGCAUCGCGAGGAUGAAUCCCAAAGGACCGAACUCCCUGAGGGGGACCCACUCAGUGUUGAGAAAGACCAGACCAGUGAGCUCCCACUGGAUGCAGCCCCACCAAAAGCCACCCUGCCCAAGAGGAGGCGUUUCUCCUGCCCCACCUGCCCCUUCACCUGCCACCAGGAACGGGCCAUGAAGACUCACAAGAAGAGGGGCUGUGUGACCCUGGGUGAGUUCCGCUGCACCUCCUGCCCCUUCACCUCCAAGGUGGCCAAAGCCCUGCGGCUGCACCGCAGGCUGCACCGCAAGCAUUACAGCAAGCGGCCGCAGCUGCAGUGCCGCCAGUGCGAGUUCACCUGCAAGCAGGCCCGGUGCCUGCGGCAGCACAUCCGCAUCAAGCACGAGGGGGUGAAGCCGCACAAGUGCCGCUACUGCGAGUUCAGCACCACACGGCGCUACCGCCUGGAGGCCCACCAGUCCCUGCACACUGGUGUGGGGCGCAUUGCCUGCGGCAUCUGCAGCCAGACCUUCGGCACCAACUCCAAGCUGCGCAUCCACCGCCUGCGCGUGCACGAGAAGACACCCACCCAUUUCUGCCCGCUCUGCGACUACAGCAGCUACCUGCAGAAUGACAUCACCCGCCACGUCAACAGCUGCCACCACGGUGAGCUCAACUUCGGCUGCUCCCGCUGCGAGGCUCGCUUCAGUUCUGAGACGGCCCUCAAGCAGCACGUCCUGCGGCGGCACGAGGAGAAGGUUUCCUACAGCUGCCCACGCUGUGACUUCGUGUGUCACAGUGAGGCCACGCUCAAGUGCCACGUGCAGAAGCAGCACCCACACCUGGAGUGCAGCACCUGCAAGGAGACCUUUGCCACCCGGGAGGCACUGGAGGAGCACAAGACGCAGCAUUUCAGCCACCGCUGUGAGCUGUGCAGCUUUGCAGCCAAGGAGCGGCAGCAGCUGGUGCGGCAUUACAUGGAGAGCCAUGAGCCAGCUGCCCCCCAGGACAAACCGCUGCACUGCCCUUUCUGUGACUUUGCCUGCCGGCACCAGCUUGUGUUUGACCAGCACAUGAAGGGCCAUGGGGGCACCCGCGUGUACAAGUGCUCAGACUGUGAGUACACCACCAAGAACAGGCAAAAGAUCACGUGGCACAUCCGCAUCCACACUGGUGAGAAGCCCUACAAGUGCCACCUCUGUAAAUACGCCUGCGCUGACCCCUCACGUCUCAAGUAUCACAUGCGGAUCCACAAGGAGGAGAGGAAAUACCUCUGCCCUGACUGCGGCUACAAAUGCAAAUGGGUGAACCAGCUCAAGUACCACAUGACAAAGCACACGGGCCUGAAGCCAUACCGGUGCGAUGAGUGCGAGUACUGCACCAACCGCGCGGACGCCCUGCGGGUGCACAAGGAGACACGGCACCAGGAGGCCCGUUCCUUCAUCUGCGAGCAGUGUGGCAAGGCCUUCAAGACGCGCUUUCUCCUCAAGACCCACCUGAAGAAGCACAGCGAGGAGAAGCCCUACGUGUGCAAUGCCUGCGGGCGGGCUUUCCGCUGGGCAGCUGGCCUGCGCCACCACUACCUGACCCACACCAACGAGCACCCCUUCUUCUGCCGCUACUGCCCCUACAAGGCCAAGCAGAAGUUCCAGGUCAUCAAACACAUCCACCGGCAUCACCCUGAGCACAGGGCUGUUGACCCUAGCCAGGGGGUGGGAAAGGACCCCAGCACACACACUGUCCACCUUCACAGCGUGCAGAGGGAGAGCCAGGCCAAGGGGGCCCCCAGGAUGGAGCAGGAAGGAGAGUGCCCUGCAGAGAAGGAUGGCACAGCACAGUGAGGCUGAAUCCCAACUGCUUUAAGGGGCUGGUGGCACAGGCCUGCUGCAGAGAUGUAUGUGUGUGUAUAUACAGGCAUAUAUGUAUAUGGGUUGUAAAAUACACAACUGUAUAAAAGGA